AUGGGGCCGCCGAGACACCCCUCCUACUCUGCGACGCCCCGAGAGGACGAGCUCUACUCGUGUGGCGGCGUGGGCACCGCGGCGCGGCCGAGGCCCCGUCCCAAAGCACGGGAGCCGAGAGGGAGGACGUCGGCGGGGCAGGUGACUCAGCGGAUCCUCACCUGCACCGGCGGCCCCGCCACCCCCAAGUCCUGCGCCCAGGCGCUACGUUUCCUGCUCCCGGCCACCAGCUCCGCUCGGUCCCUGUCCGCUCCCCCUGCGUCGCGCUCGCCCCCCGUGACGCGCCACACGCGCACCGGGCCGGCGCCGUCCCCCGCCCGCCUCCGUUCGCGCGGCUCCGGCCCCCUCCGCGCUGGCUCGCGCGCCCUCUCCCUAUUCGCCCGACUCUGUCUCUCCUCAGCCGCCGUAACCGGGGCCUUCCGCUACCCGCCCCGCACCCAUUUAAUGCACCGCGCGCAGCCCUCCGAGACGGCGUCUCACCUUGCAGGCUCUGCGGUGGGUGAGGAAAGGCCCGGGGGCCCCCGAGGGCCCUCAGGCACUCUCGGCGGGCAGCCCUGCGGGGGAGGCGGCGGCCGGGAACAGUGGCGGCGGGACGUAGUGCGCGCCUUAGUGCCGGGCCUACGGCUGGACCAGUUUCGGCCGGUGCGGAGGCAUUGCACAGACCAGGCAGCGCUGCAGGCGGGCCGUAAGCCUCCCUUCCGCCGCGGGGCGCUGCCUCUCCACCUCCAGGAGGUGUGGACAGCACUCUGCGCCUCGGUGGCGGUGGGUGGGGCGUAUCCCGUCCCGCCAGCUAAUAAAUAACAUUGCAGAGCAGAGAGUGCAUUUGUUGUGCAGGCUUGGAACUACAGCAAAAUGGAGCAGUACAGAAGCAGAUACCUAGCAAGGAAAUUCUUCUUUCUGUGGGCAAAAAAGACGUUUGGAGAAGUUCUCCCUUCCGUAGCCAGAUGUUUUUAUGACCAGAAGAUCCUUCAGAAAACCUUUGGAGAAUGGAAGGAGUGGUGGACUGCUAGCAGAGAAAGGAAGCUCAGCCUCAGAACAGCCAGCCAUGACAGUCAUCUACUCCCUAAAUUGGUUUUCAAGGCCUGGAGAGCCUAUGUAUGCCAGCAGCAAGGAAAGGGGAACAAAUAUUCCAUUGCUGAGUCUCAUGCAAAGAAGCAAGCGUUGCUCAGGACCUGGCAGUGCUGGCUGGUGUAUGUCGGUGUCCAAAGGACGAAGCAUAGGAUGCAGAGGGUGGCGCUGGCCUUCAGGGAGAGAAGCUGCUUGCGCAUACCCUGGGCAGUGUGGAGAAGACGACACCAGCAGCGCUGUGCUGGGCGUAAAAUGGAUGUUUUGGCUCUGCAGCAUUGGGCCCAGAGUCUGCAAAUUCGAGCUUGGCUGCAGUGGCGAGAGCUGUGCUUACACAGACAGAAGGACAAGCAGAAGGAGAUGAGGGCAGUAACUCACCAUCGGUGCUGGGAACUGAAGAGAUGCAUGGAAGCAUGGCUGGGCUACUUAAACCUGCAGAGAGCAAAGAAGCUUCAGAAUGAGCUGGCCCAAGAGCAUCACCGCAGCAGGUUAGCCUGGCAGUGUUUCUCUGCUUGGUGCCUGUCAUGGGAGUAUAGGAGGAGAAUGCAUGCUCACCAAGAGGACAUGGAACACUUAGCAGCAAGGAUUGCCUUGUGGAGAGCCUUUGCCCCCUGGAAGCAUUAUGUUGUGCUGUGUGCGGAAGAGACUCGACAGUGUCAGCUGGCUGAAGACCACUACAGGCAUCAUCUGUUGAAACUUGGGCUCAGGGGUCUCUAUCAGAAUGUGGUGAGCGCUCGUCUGCAGCAAAUGAGAAGAAACCUGUCAGUCCGUCAGCACCAAGUGACACUGCUGCAGAAGUGCUGGAGCUGCUGGAAGUCCCGUUUGGAAGAGAAGGAGGAAGAACAGCAGCAGGCCUUGACUUCAGUGGCUCAUGCCCGCUACAGGAGGGUGUUGAUGAGACAGGUAUUUGACACGUGGUUGCUGAAGGCUGGCAAGCUGCAAGAGUACAGAAUGGGGGAGAAAAAGGCUGUACUGCAUUCUGACAGGCAGCUGUUGCACCGCUUCUGGUGCUUGUGGCGUGGGAGAACAGCUGCACGUCUGGAGGAGCGAGAGGGCUUGGUUUGUGCAAGGGAUCACUACAGUAACCUGCUGCUGCUAAAGGCUUUCUGCCUCUGGAAGCAAAACACUCAGGAGAGAACUACAGUGAGACUCAAGGAGAUGCAGGCCUUAAGAUUUCACAAUUCUAAGCGUCUGCAGCAGAUGUGGAACAAGUGGAGGAAGUACGUGGGACAUCAGCGUGAGAAGUGGAGGAAGUUGAUGCAAGCAGAUGUGCACUAUCAACACACAUUACUGGGCAGGACCCUGGCAGCCUGGAAGAGUUACCAAGGUACCAUCCAGUGCAUUCUGCAGCAAGCAGCUGAACGGGAGCAGCACCACAGCAGGCUCCUGCUGCGACAAAUUCUACAUACCUGGAGAAAAAACACCCUUGCUCUUAUAUAUGAAGCUAAGGCAGAUGAGCACUACAGAAGAGCAGUCCUGGCAAAGGUGUUGCUGCAGUGGAGACAUGCUGCCCUGUUGCAAACACGUUGCCAUCGGCAGAAGGUGGUGGCUGUGAUGGAGGCCAGAAAACAUUUGGAUAGAGCACGUUUACAGACCCUCUUUCUUCACUGGAAGGAGUUAACUGGGGAGUCUCUGAUGCUGAGGGCUCGGCAGCACAGGGCAGUACAGCACCACCAACAGCACCUACUCCAGAAGUACCUGGUGAAAUGGAAGAGACAUCAUCAGCAGUGCCUUGGGAAAGUGCUGCUACAGAGACAGGGAGAUCAGCUAAGGACUCAUAGGCUUUGCUCUGCUUCCUUCACGUGCUGGAAGACACGGCUGUUGCAGCAGCAAUGGGAAAAGCAGAAGACAGUACAAGCAUUGUGGCACUGGUCCCUUUGGUUGCAGAGAAAGGUAUUUGAUGCUUGGCUCAGGUUUGCAAGGGGGCAACAGCAGAAGAAAGUUCACACUGAAAAUGCUGCAGGAGCUUACCACACUGCCCUUCUGAGAGAAGGUGUAACCCCUGCCUUGAGAUACACCACUGACAGGAAACAGCUGCGUGGACAGCUCCAAGCCCAGCACCAGCUGAAAAAGCAAGUGACAUUUGAAGUGCCUGCUGUCAGCCCUGAGACAAGAGGACACUCAGCAGAGGAAGAGCCAUGCAGACCUUUUCAGCUCACUUCUGGGGGCUCAGCUCUCAGUCAUCUAUCAGAGGCACCCUUUCAGCAAACAUCUGUGAACAGAUGUUCUGCACAGAGUGGGACUUUAAUGCCAGCACCUCAGCUGAAAGAAAGCCUGUCUGGAAGAGGCAGUGCCACUGCUUCCCGCCCAGCUCUCACGCCUCCUGCUUUGGGAUCUGUACUGCUGUGGACACGCGAUGUGUGCUGUGCUGGUCAGAGCCCAGAGCCGUGGCCUCCCUCACCUCUCCUGCUCCAGAUGGAAGCUGGAGCAGAAAUGAGAGAAGGUCAGCCUGUGAGUGGACUCAAAGGAACCCAUUUCCAAGACUCUCAACAGGACUCUCUGAAGUUGCAACCAAACUUGCAGCCACAUUUGUUGUCACCUGAAGACUUGGUGGGGAAAUGGAGUCACCAAACUGCAGUGCCUUGUAUCUUCCAUUCAGCUUCAGGGGAAGAAAGGCAGCAUGGUUGCAGAGAAGCCCUGGUGUUAGAGGGGAAGCUGGAGACUGAGCUCCGACACAUCCAGCAGCAGUUGCAGUACUAUUUCAGCAGGAAGCAAGAACUCAAGUUCUGUCAGCAGCAGGCACAGAUCCUGCAGAAGUGGCUAGAAAUGAGCAUGCAGCCAGGAUGGAUGUUCAAGGGACUAGAUGGUGUACAAGGAGUUCAGGAAGAAUUGGACCAGUUGCAGGCAAGGAUCAGCACCCUCAGCAAAGCACAAGGGGCAGAGAGGCAGCACGUACAGAUCCUGCUUGCCCGCCUGCGCCACAUCCAGCUCGCUCUAGAUCUGUAAUGCAGCUGAACCAGCAGUGCAGCUCCUGGGUGGGACUCUGCAUCCCUUUUGUGGCAGGAGUGAGAGAGGUCUGUGCAUGGUCUUCCUGUCUGAUCAAUUGGGGAGGGUGAGAGAGGUCUGUG